AUGCAAGAUCCCUUCCUCUGGGGAGGCAGUAAGGAUACCAAAAUCGGAGGCUUCCAAUACGCUAUGUCUUAUCUCUUCGCAUCGAGUGUGGUCUUCAAUUUUGGCGGCGCUGUAAGCAGUAACGUGUUCGAGGGGUCUCUAGCUAACGAGAUGGUGCGGUUCGUCAAUCGCGAGAUCAUCUGCCAGGAUCCAAUGGACCGGAUGCUCGAUGCGCUACGAGAAAUAACCUUCCGUACAGCAGUAAUUGCGGGCAAAAAUGCCGACACUCACAACAUCACCAAUGCCGUUCAGCAGGUGGAGUAUCAAGGCUAUGAGCUCCAAUCAAUAUACAUAACAGAUUGGAAAUUUAUGGCCAUUGCAGCCCUUCUGAGUUGCUCAAGUAUUAUCGCAGUUGGGGCAACAUUUUACGGAUGGUGGGAGCUAGGAAGGCCGUUCUCCAUGGGUCCGUUGGAGCUGGCAUCGGCGUUCGAGGCGCCGCUACUGAAGGCUGCUUGCGAAGAUGCGGGUUUGGACAACGAUACGCAUCGAACUACUGCGCCCGAACCACGUGUGCAGUUUGGUGAGAAGGUGGUGGAUGAUGAGGGGCAGUUUCCGUCCAGCACAGCAAGUCGAAGGUUGGUUUUGGGGUUGGCGACAGAUGUGCAGAGGCCGAGGAAGGGCACGAUGUAUAGCUAG